AUGUAUCAAGGCAACCCUGCGGUGCCGGGUGCCUACCACCAGAUUGCCAACAUCGCUCAAAAGGAAAACAUCGAUGUGCUAGUCAACAACGCCGGAUACGCCUUUAUUGGCAGUGUGGAAGAUGCCAGCGAGGCGGAAGUCCGCGCCCAGAUGGAAGUCAAUUUCUACGGGCCCCUUCGUACCGAUCAAGCCUGUCUGCCUGCGAUGCGCGCGCGAGGGUCCGGCCAGAUCAUCCUCAUCAGCAGCGGUGCUGGGUUCAUUGCUCGUCCUGCACGGGGUGUUUAUUCCGCCAAUAAAUUUGCCAUCGAGGCCAUUCACGAGUCUCUGGCUCAGGAGGUCAGAUCCUCUGGGAUUAAGGUUCUGAUCGUGGAGCCAGGUGCAUUCCGGACGCCUUUUGCGAGUCGGACCAUCACGCCUGCGCGACUCAGUGAGGGGUUCAGUCCAGGUUAUAGAGGAACCGUGGUGGAGCAGAUGAUCAACGGUAGUCAGGCCAUGAAGUCUCUUCCGGACUAUGUGAAGGGUGACCCGGCUAGAGCUGCACGGGUUGUCGUCCAAGCUGUCACCAGUGACCAUAAUUAUCUUCGUCUACCCCUGGGGGCAGAUUGCGUCGCGGCGUUGGAGUCGAAAAUCGGAGACCUACAGCAUGAUCUGGAGGCGACGAGGGCUAAUGCUGUAAGCACGGAUGUUGAUUGA